UGGGAGCCGGAACCGAGUGCGUACAGAGGGAGGAGGGCGGCGACUGGAGAGCGGCGAGCGGCGACCCGGAGCCUCUUACACUUUUUCCCUCCCGAGCGCCCCCUCCCACCCCUCCCACUCCGCAUACACCCUGUUUGCCCGUGAGCCUGGGGAACUUGCAGCUUAAAGCCAGCCACCCCCACAGCAACAUGUACCCCAGCAACAAGAAGAAAAAGGUGUGGAGAGAGGAGAAAGAACGUUUGCUGAAGAUGACCGUAGAGGAGAGACGCAAAGAAUACCUAAGGGACUAUGUUCCCUUGAACACCAUCCCAUCAUGGAAAGAGGAGAUGAAGGGCAAGAGUCAAAAUGAUGAAGAAAAUACUCAGGAAACAUCACAGGUGAAGAAAAGUUUGAGUGAAGAAGUUUCUCUCUAUAGAGGUGACAUCACAUUGCUAGAGGUAGAUGCUAUAGUCAAUGCUGCAAAUACCAGUCUUCUCGGAGGUGGAGGUGUGGACGGCUGUAUUCACAGAGCAGCUGGCCCCUGUUUGGUCGCUGAAUGUCGUAACCUGAACGGCUGUGAAACUGGACAUGCAAAAAUCACGUGUGGCUAUGACCUGCCUGCAAAAUAUGUUAUCCAUACCGUAGGACCAAUAGCCAGAGGCCAUAUUAAUGGUUCCCACAAGGAAGACCUUGCAAAUUGCUAUAAAUCAUCUCUGAAACUGGUGAAAGAAAAUAACAUCCGAUCAGUUGCAUUUCCCUGCAUCUCAACAGGCAUUUAUGGUUUUCCAAACGAGCCUGCUGCAGUCAUCGCCCUCAGCACCAUUAAGGAAUGGCUGGCCAAGAAUCAGCACCAGGUGGAUCGGAUCAUCUUCUGUGUCUUCCUAGAAGUCGACUUCAAAAUCUACAAAAAGAAAAUGAGCGAGUUUUUCCCUGCAGAUGAUAAUAAUGAAGAAGAAGACAUUGACAUGAAAGAAGAUUCAGAUGAGAACGGUCCACAGGAAAAGCCAAGUGCCAAAGAAAUGGAAGGGCAGGGCCAAGAAGCAGAUGGUACCAGCGCUGCCACCGUGCCCAGCCCUUCUUCAGAAGAGGCAGCUGAAGUCUGUAAAGAUGAAGAUUCUGCAAAGGAUGACAAUAUUACAGAAGAAAAUGAAGUAACAGAUCAUUCUAUAUGUGGCCAAGAUCAUCCCAAUGGACAAAAGAAUGAUUCAAUGAAGAAUGAAAUAAACAUUGAGGCAGAGUCCCAGAGCUCAUAUAUGGAAACAGAAGAGCUUUCAUUGAACCAAGAAGAUAUCACGAUCUUGGAGCAGCAAGAAGUGAUUCCACUAACAGAUGACCAAGAAGGAAAAGAAGGUGAAAAAGCGCAAGGCGAGGACACACCUAGAGCUCCUGUGAAAAGUGAAGGCUCUGGUGACACAGAAAAUUCUACAAGUCCUGAUGUUGAAAUGAAUAAUCAGGUUGAUAGUGUAAAUGACCCAACAGAGAGUCAGCAAGAAGAUUAA